GCCGAGGGCCACGCGCGCGCCUCCUACUGCCUCGGCAACGCGCACGCCUACGGCGUCGGCGUCGACCAGGACGACGCCCGGGCCGCGUCGUACUACGAAGUCGCGGCCGCCGCGGGCGUGCCCGAGGCGCAGAGCAACCUCGGCCUGUUCUACGCCCAGGGCCGCGGCGCCAAAGCGGCCUACUACUACGACAAGGCCGCGAGCCAGGGCGACGCCAACGCCAUGUGCAACUUGGCCACGAUGCACAGCCGCGGCAUCGGCGUCGCCCGGGACGACGCGAAGGCGACGGCGCUCCUCCGCCGCGCCGCCGACGCGGGCCACCGCGACGGCGCCGCGAUGCUCGGCAGCCGCUACCUGACGGGCGCCGGCUGCGCCCAGGACUACGGCGAGGCCGUGAAGUGGCUGCGAAUCGCUGCGGAUAAGGGCAGCGCCGACGCCCAGUUCAAUCUGGGCCUGUCCUACCACCUCGGCAACGGCGUCGCCAAGGACCCGGCGCUCGCCCUCGACUGGAUCAAGAAAGCCGCGCGCCAGGGCCAC